AUUCAAUAUGAAGCGUGGAGGCUUCACAAUUUUAGUUUUAUUUUAUUAUAUUUAUUUUGUAUUGUGUGACGUAGAUGAUGAUUUUACGCAAGAAGAAGUUGCGGAGUUGACGCCGCCUAACUUCGUGGCUUGGCCGAAUGGUUCCGUGCCGUUUUUCAUCAAUACUGAACAUUUUGACAACGAGCAGACGCUGAUCAUAAUGACGUCACUGUCCCUCAUCGCGUUCAAGACCUGUCUGAAGUUCGCGCCGGCCAUGGUGCCCCCCGCCGGGCACGAGCAUGUACUGACGUUUGAGAACCCGCGCGGGACCAGGAAGUGCGAGAUACAUCUGCAUGGUCACUCGAGAGAUGAGCCGCAUAUCGUGACUCUCGGCUACGACUGCCUCCGAGCCCCGUGGAUGGACCGCAUCGUCUUGAGAGCCCUAGGGCUUCCCUUCGAGCACAACCGGCAGUCCAGAGACAGCUACAUUGAUGUGCAGUACGAGAAUAUUGAACAACACGCCAUCCCGCUUUUCACGAAAGACAUUGCUCUGCCGGCGCCCCUCCGCGCUCUGCCUUAUGACAUCAACAGCGUCAUGCAUUUCGGGGACCGGGACUUUAGCAAGAAUGGACACAGGACUAUUAUAUUUAAGGAUCGGGACACGAAGCAAAAAUGGGACGGUCCGAGCGAACUAGACUUCCGCAAGAUAGAGAUCAUAUACGGCCCAGAGUGCAGGGAGAGAGACCGCCAAGAGAAGAUAGAGCUUUGCCACAUGUACCCUGGCAUCCCGCUUGUGAAAAGAAGGAAAAGAUCCGUCGAUCUAGAAACUACUAGAAGCUUAAGAGUUAAUCCUGACAUAACUCCACCACCAAGUUCUCCAACCGACGCACCUAACGAAACAGAUGAAAUUUUGAAAAACUUGGAUAUUGCAGAUGAUAUCCAAAAGAUAGUUGAUGAAGUUUUCAAGCUAUCUAACAAAGCUUUAAUUAAUACUAGAGCGAAACAUUGCAAUGUAUCUAAAGACCUCUUAAGAACAACAGAAAAACCUGUAGAUAUACAUGGAAUAAUUGAAAUUGUAGCAGAAUACGCUCAAAAUAUGGUAGAUCAAGCCACUAGAAACUUAACAGCAUUUUGUACUGAAUCAGAAUCUGUCGAAAAAUACCAGAGACAGCAAUGUCGAGGCUGCAACAGGCCUUAUUUUUCAACUAAAGUCAACAAACCUUUUCCAAGCACAAAACAUCGACCGUACAUCGUACAGUCUACCAGACAUGGCGGUGGUUUCAGCAAGCGUAUUUAUGACCCGCAGUUUCACUUGAGAGCGCAAAAUGACAAUGAAACAUCUCAAAAUGAGACUAAAGCUGAACCACAUGAUAGAAAGAAGAGACAAGCUUUGAGCCCAGCGUUGAAACGACAGAUACAGAGAUUAGAUUUAAAAGACGGAGAUACAAAGCGGUCCAAGCGCGAAGCUGCUGAAUCAAACAGGAAGGGUAAGAGGACGCGCAGACAAAAGACAGCGAUGGAAGGAAUCCCCCGGGCAAGAUACUCCGAGGAGGAGUCGGAUGAAAGUCGGGGCAGUGAGGAAUGGGGUAAGAAGAAGAAGAAACGACCAGCCGUAGAAGCGUCUGAUGAAAUCCAAGAAGUCAAAGCGAAAAAGUCUCCUAAGCCAAAAAUUAAGGAAAGAGAGCGCAAUAAACCCCUAAAGCAGAAGGCAAAGAAAAUCUCUGCUGAAGCAUUUGGAGAUUAUUCCUCAACGGGUGAGGAAAAUCAAGUGAACAGUGAUGAAAAUAAUGAAGAAAAGAGUGAGGAAAAGAGUGAGAAAAGAAAAGGUAAAAAGCAGAAGAAACGUUUAAAAAUGGCGCCAAGAGAGGAGCCCCAGGAACCUCAGGAACCCCAGGAACCUCAGGAACCCCAGGAACCCCAAGAACCCCAGGAAUCUAAAGAAACACCUGUGGAGGAGGAUGUCGUGAAGAAACCGAAAACUAAGAACAGGAACCCUAAAUCCGUGGAGUUAUCCAAGGAGAACGUAGAAUUCUAUAAGACACGCAAAUGGCCGCACGGCGUUGUCCCGUAUCUGAUUAACAAGACGUGCACCAAUUUCAACCUACAAAACCUUCGUUCUCGCCUCGACGAUGUGAACGCCAUCUUAUUGACAGAGACCUGCGUCAAAAUCAUAGAAAUUCGGGAGGGGGAGACUCCCAAGUAUGAGGACUACCUGGUGUUGGAUAACAGCCCUGAUUUCAUCACCGGCAGAGUCGGCGGAAGGCAGACAUUCGGCACUCCCGAAUUGCUGGAAGGCGGGCAACACCGCCAACACACCGCCAUGAUGGUGAUGGCCAUGCUAGGCUUCUAUUUCGAACUUUCCCGCCACGAUCGGGACGAGCAUGUGAAGGUGCACCAGAGGCAUAUAAGAGCAGAUAAACUGCACCACUUCGAGAAAAUAGGCGCAGACGCGACAUUCCCUCUGCCCUAUGACUAUGACAGCGCCACACAUCCCCCCUGGAUGUACUGGAGAAAACUGGGGAAAAAGGGUAUCUCCACCGUCGCUACUUUUAAGGAUAAGGACCCAGAUGGCAGUAUCAUGAAGUCACUAGGCCAACACAAGGAACUGUUAUCGGAGUCAGACCUUAUUAAAAUAAAUAGUGUAUAUGGCACUAAAUGUGUCGUAGAAGAUCCGAAUAUUAAUGAGCCUAAGAGUGAUUGGGACUAACAUUGAAAAUUGGAAAAUUUGAAGGUCCGUCCAGAUGGGACGACGAAACUAUGUGAUCAGAAUCAUCAAAAUAAAACAUGGUGUCAAUCUCUUCUAGCGUCUAAAGGACAACCAAAAGCUCAAAAUUUUAAAAACCGCACAUUCAGUGAUCCUACUAUAGAAUAUUAUUUUGAUAUCAAUUUCACUGGUUUGAUUGAUCGGACAUUCAAUCAGAUUCUAUGAAAUUUUGUUCCAUCUGGACUGACCAUUAAUUAAAAACUUUUUAGGUACUUUUUAGGCGACUUGAAAACAAUAGGUUCUUUAUAUGAAGUGUUUUGUUAA